GUCGGUUUGCUUGUGUUUUGUUUAAAACUUUUCCCACAAGUUUAUCUUCCACGUUUAUUACAAUAUUUUAAAUACGAUAGGAACAUUUUAAUCACUACUUCGCACCUGAAUCAGUGCUCUGUACACAAAAUGCCCAGAACUAAGCGGCCUGGGCGAAAACAGGAAAAAGUAGCAGAAGAUGAUGAGACAUUGAAAAAGUUCAACAAAUUAGUUGCUGACCAAAAAAACAAAAUAGACUCGGAAGCUCAGAUGCAAAUACGCAAUGUUGAGAUUGCAUUCAAGAUACUCCUUGGUUCAAUAAGUGCAAAUAACUUUCAGAAAACGUUGGGACAGCUGAAAACAGAAUUGCACCUCAAAGAGGUGCCGUCAACAAGACGGUCCAACACCAGACGCUCCUGCACGUCUGGAUCCCAUGAUGACGGGUACCUCACGGAGACCUCGUCUCAGGGCUCUGGGGAGCGCGGUGCUAAGAAAACGUACUUGGCACCCCCAUCCGCCACCCGCACAACCGGUCGCCGCUCGCGUUCCGCGGACGCAUCUGCCCGUUCAGCCAUAAAGCCGGCGCCGCGUACUGCCACGCGCCGUCGCUCCAAGUCGGUGUACAGGACGCCCGCGUACAACAAGAACGCGCAAGUCAACUAUCCUGCUAUCACACCGAAGGUGACACCACACACGCCGCUGACCGUUCUGCGUCAGCCGCGCCAGGGUGAGAUGGUGGUCUCCAUGUCGGGAUCGCCGGUAAUGGUGCCAACUUGUUACACAAUGAAACCAGACGAGAAAGCCAAUUGCAACAUCCUGUUGCAAGACGGCACAAUGCUGUCGCUUCAACCAAAGCAUCUGCGACAGUCUCAAGCCUACAUUCCAUUCUCACUAAUGGACAACAAUGUGCUGCUACAGCUCAAGACCUUGAAGGAGAACCUCGACAAAGUGGUCAAGCUUGGUGAAAAAGCCAUCAAAUGAUAGUGAUUAGUGACAAGUGUUUGUGAUUAAUGCAAAUUCGUAAUGUAAUAGUGAACGGUGACGUGAUGUGCUACAAGCGACACUGGGAAUUUUAAAUGUAGGUAUUAUGAUGGAUAAAGCCUCUUAUUUGUGGUAAACAUUUGUUAAUGAAUAGUUGAUCAAUAAGGUUGUAGAAAAAAUUGUUUUAAGGAUCAUUCACGGUACUCUGUGUCGCGUAUGGGUAAAACAGCUAUAUUUUGCUAUUGAAGUGAAACUUCUUUAUUGGUUGGAAAAAAAUUUAGUGUAACAUUUUUUCGUUACGCGUGACAUUUUUCCGUUACGCGCCAUCUUUUUCUUAUCCC